AUGGAGGGUUUUGCUAAAGUGGUUUUCAUUCUUAAUGUGCUUCUUGGUGCCCUCACAAUGAAUGUUACAGAAGCAAGAAGUCUCAAGAGCAAUGAGGAAGUUGUUCAGCCACAGACCUUUGGUAUUAGACCUCCAGGGUUCCCUGAAAUUUUACCAAGUCCUUUCCCCCCUGGAUUCCGGGGGCCACCUUUAACCUUCCCCAGUCCAGGUUUGCCUGGAUUUUUUCCCAACCCGGGACUCGACUUUGGGUCGUUGUGCUCAUUCCUUGGAAUCAUAUGUCCUCCACCUCCAUCUCAGCCCAUCAGCCCUACUGGAUCCACAGAGGGUGGUGCUGGUGUGAGUGUUUCACCAUGA